CCAGCUUUCUUCCCCAACCCCGUUUCUCUUUCCAGACUGCUUCGACUACUAGGAGAAAGUCGAGCGUGGGAACGCGAUGGGGCUCUGCUGGAUGACCCUGUGUCUGCUGGCGGCCCUCCUGUUGGGGGACUCCUCCGGCUCUGUCGGGCACUCUCUGCAGUAUCAGUACGUGGUGGUAUCCGAUCCCAGUGAUGGACUGCCCCAGUUCUUCACGGUGGGCUAUCUGGAUGGCCAGGUCAUCACUUACUAUGACAGUGUGAAAAAGAAGAAGGUGCCGAAGGUGUCCUGGAUGGAGGAGGUGGAGAAGGAGGAUGCCAACUACUGGAAGGACGGAAGCAGAAUCUUGCGGGCCACUCAGCGGGUGCUCCAAGAAGAUCUGAGGAAUGUUCAAAACCGCUACAAGCAGAAAGAAGGGUUUCACACUUGGCAGGUCACUUAUGGCUGUGGGUUCACAGGAAACGGGAGCAAAGAUGGUUAUUCACAGUACGGCUACGACGGGAGGACCUUCCUCACCUUCGACAAAGAGACACUGAGCUGGGUGGCUUCUGAGCCUCAGGCCCAGAUCACCAAGAGGAAUUGGGAUGUUAAUGUGCCGUGGUCCCGGAGAAAUAAAGUCUACCUGGAGAAGGAAUGCAUUGAGUGGCUGGAGAAGUACCUGUCGUAUAGGAGGAAGGAGAUGCUGCUGAAGGCAGAGCCCCCGGUGGUGACGAUGAGCAGCAAGAUGGAGGCCGAUGAUAGCAUGGAGACGCACGUCUGCCGAAUCCACGGCUUCUACCCCAGGGAGAUCGAUGCCUCCUGGACGAGGGACGGGGAGGUCUGGCUGGAAGACACCUUCCGUGGGUCCGUAGCCCCCAACGCGGAUGGGACCUACCACUAUUGGCUCAGCAUCCAGAUCGAUCCCAAAGACAGGGGCCGCUAUCGGUGUCACGUGGAGCAUGAUGGACUGCAGGAGCCUCUGGAAAUGACUCUAAAGGUUUCAGAAUCCAACCUGGGGCAUAUCAUUGGCUGCGUUAUUGGUCUUCUCCUGAUGUGUGCGAUUGUUGGGAUCUUGGCAUUCCUAAUGAAACGUUGGAAUGACUACAAAGCAGCACCAAGUGAGUGUUUUUCUCCUCUUUACAUGUUAGCUGCAACUCAGAGCAGGGAUCAGAGGCAGCAUCAGAUGAGGAGUGUGAAUGUGUUUGUGUGAAUCCAAAAUGCCAUUAGCAGCUCAUGAAGUUGCAGAGGACCAAGAACUAAGCGGAGGAGGAUGGCCCAGACUGUUCUUGUGAGUGGAGACCCCAAGAAGACACAUCUGGUAUGAAAAACUCACAAAACUAUGAGGAGACCCCAAGAACUAAGCUGAGGAGGAUGGGUCAGGCUGUUCUUGUUAGUGGAGACCCCAAGAAGAAACAUCUGGUAUGAGAACCUCACAAAACAAUGAGGAGACCCCAAGAACUAAGCUGAGGAGGAUGGGUCAGGCUGUUCUUGUGAGUGGAGACUGUAAGAAGAAACAUCUGGUAUGAGAAAUUCUCAAAACAAUGAGAAGACCCAGCUGAGUGUAAGAUCCCUCUGACUGAGAAGCUGCUCUGUUUUCCAAGUGGGCGGAAAGGAAAGGCUUGACUAUAACAUGAUCGGGAAGCUCUGGAAAAAUAGUGAUAAAAAGAGGCUUUUUGAGAAAAAAGGAGCUUUGGUGGAUACCAGCUGGAUGUCCUCUUGGUCUCCCGCCACAAGGCUCUUUUGAGUAUGAACUGAUUGGAAAAAGUAACUUUGGAUCCAUCUGUAUUGUCAAGGAGUUGCAUAACAGCUGUCCAGAUGACAUCGGAGACAUUAACAAAACAUUGCAGUAUUUUUAUAUAAAUAAAUAUAUUUAUCGUUCACAUUUACAACAGUCUCGCUGUUUGAGGAAGUUGCAUAACAUUCUCAGAGACUCUUCCCAUCCUGCUUACAAUCUCUUUGGACUGUUGCCUUCUGGCAGAAGACAUAGAACGUUUAAAACUCGGAGCACGCGUUUUCUGAAUAGUUUUUAAUCCCAGAGCUAUAAUUGCACUUAAUAAUGAACUAAAGGGCCACCAUCACUGAAUUGUUGGACAGUAUUACUUGGUCUGUUGGGUGGAUGUUU